UAUCUUCUACCCCCACCUAGAGGUUAGGAAAGGGAACGUCCUACUUCCUCAACGUUAGUCUCCCAUGCUAACAAACAUCAGCUUGUCUGAUCCAUCCACUGAGCCGGACCCGCUGACCUCUCGUCUAAAACGUGGCUGACCGCCCGGCGCAGAGAGCCGCUCUGCCUCUGAUCCCUUCCAAGCCUCAGCUAGCAUAUGCUAGCUAGCGGGUCCCACGGCGGAGCUAACGGCUAGCUGCUAAGCAGGGAUGGAGUGGCGGGGCACCGGAGCCAAGGUUUACCCCGUGGAAGAGUCCGGCGGUGACCCAGCUUCAGCAGCCGGGGUCCACGGGGUUGGUGAUCCUCAGCGGCAGACACCAUCAUCGCAGCUUUGUGACUGUCCUAUGGCGUCACUGUGUCAGAGCCAGCAGCGCUGUGUUAAGGCCUCAAUUGUCUCCAGCUGGAGAUUGGCUGAAGCACAGGACCAGCUAUGUUCUCUAGGGGUUCACAGCUCUGAGUCCCUGGAGCAGGAACGCGCUCGAACACUGGCCUGUCCCACAGAGCUCACACACACUGAGGAGGAGUGGCGGCGCAAGGAGAGCAUGCUGGGAGGUCAAGAACCAAACCGCAGUCCUGUGGUCGGAGCUGUCGGAAGUUGGGAUGUCUUUGAUAAGAGUAUAAUUAAUGCCCAAAUUCAGCCUGUUGAAAUGGACCAGGACAAGUGCAAUACGUUUCUCCAAAAGUAUGAGAAUGAGCUCAGGCAUUUUGGUAUGUUGAGGAGAUGGGACGACAGUCAGCGAUUCCUUGCAGACAUGCCUCAGCUCAUCUGCGAGGAAACAGCCAACUACUUAAUUCUGUGGUGCAUGAGACUACAGCAAGAAGGGAAAGAAGCGCUGAUGGAGCAGGUGGCGCACCAAGCUGUCGUCAUGCAGUUCAUCCUGGAGAUGGCCCAGAACUCUCAGCAGGAUCCCAGAGGCUGCUUCAGGCAGUUCUUCCACAAAACCAAAGAAGGACAAGAUGUUUACUUAGAAGUCUUCCAUACAGAGCUCGAGGCCUUCAAACACAGAGUUAAAGAAUAUGCAGUGAAGUGUAGAGGUGAUACCCCCAACAACACUGAAAUCCAGAGCAGUGACACAAACUGCAGACCUGACCCCAAAGACUCCUUGGACACUUUAACUCCAGUGGCAGAGUAUCAUAUGAAGCGUUGUUUAGAGGCAGGACUGUGGACAAGCACAGGAAGGUGGACAAAGGACGACGCCACAGAAACAGAGGACAUACGCAUGAUGGAGACCUCCUAGUGAUUGGCUCCAGCUUUUCUUCCAUCUCCAUCGUCUCCCUGUCCAGGAACAAGAGUUUGAAGCCCUCCUUCGACAGCAGAUACUCGUAAACAGCAACGCAGAGCAGGAGUUAACAGAGACAUGAUCAGUAUUUAAUUUUUCAGUGCAGAAAAUAAUGUUUUACUGAUGACAGGUUUUCUGUUAGCACGUCAGCGGCGUCUGGCUAUUCGCUCCUGCAGUGUCUUUUGCCAGCUAAAUGAAUGAGUUGUGCCAUAACACUGGUUUUGUGACCCUCUCAUUAUCUAGAUGGUUAUUGGCAUCUGUGUAUGUGUCAUCCGUGAGUGAGUAAUAGAAAUUAGUUUGUGAUCAAGUCACACCGUUGGUCCACCAGCUGAGUUUUGGAAGUCUCCUCAUUGGCCGCCUCUGAGAAUUGUUUCUAUUAUGUAACACACUUAGUGCUUUCUUGGUCAAACCAUAGUUACUUGCCCCAGAAGAGAGCUGCCAGUAUCGACCUGUGAGUUGACCUGCAUCUGCUCUGUUCAGUGAGUUCCAGAGAGGAGCAGCUGUUUUAUACCCAGGCGGAGGGUGUGUGGUAUGCGAGAGAUUAAAUCUGCUUUUAAGAAUGCACUGCAACCCUGUACAUUACCCAGAGGAUCCUCAUGUGUCUGAAUCAGUCGAACCGGACGUUAAACCAAUUUUACUCGACAAAGUCUGCAUAAAAUCUCUCAGCAAAAUGUCACAGAUGCUUAAAAUGAAACAUGGAAAGUUUGAGAGACUCUUGACUGCCAGAUGAAUGCAUUUACUAUCAGUUACAAUGCAAACCAAAAAUUGCGUCGUGUUUCAAACUACACUUUGAAGAGAAAUAAAAAAAAUGAAAAAAGUAAACUGAUCAAACAAUACACUAUCUGGUUAAGACUCGGCCUCACAUCUUAAGGAUUUGUGUUACAUAAGACUUCGUUUUUUAUUUUUAAAGUGGCUCACUACAUUUGCUGACUUCAUGCUAAUCUGCAGUCUGAAUGUAUUUAAUGUCUGAAUAAUAAUUAUGAAUUAAUAAUUAAUAUCUGACAUAAACAGGCAGUAAAGAUGCUCCGGUUGUGGUUACCUGGAUGUUUCCAUCGAGCCCUCUUCAACCUAAGACACCAGAGAGAAGGAACAGUUAGUUAUAGAUCAGAUUGAAGGCUCUUCUGGAGUGGGUCACAUUCACCAAAUGCCUGCGGCUCGUUCAGGCUUACAACUGAUCUGCAUGUUAAGAGUUGAACACAAUCUGAAAGGUCUCUCAGGCUCACAGUUGGGCCAGGAUUCAAAAUGCAGCAUGUGUGGGUGGCACAGGUCACUUGGUUAGAACAGGAGUUGUAAUGUUUGGUGUAAAUGUUUUAGAGGAGCUACAUGUGUUUGUUGCUUCAUAGCUAGUGUGAGCAUUAACAGCUGUUCACCUGCCAGUUUAGCAGAAACGCUGCAAAUUCAAACCUUCAGACUUAUUGAAAAGGUGGAAAGCAACACCAAUGUUAUGACUACUUUGCUCCCACUGAAGUUAGCAUGCUAACCAGCUAGCUCUGGCCCAGCUGGCCUAUCUUCACAACUUUCCAACAGUGACCCACUGUAGCGUCCAGCCUGUCCUGAAGAAGUAGUGCUAAAGCGUUUUACAAGCGCCCCUCAAGACUUCAGCACUUACAGCUUCCUGCAAGAAACUAUGUUCAACGGCAGAGUACACUUACAUAUUGCACCUUUAACUUUCACUUGGCUUUUGUCAAACGUUAUUUUGUUGCAGUUCCUUCUUUUUUGCCGGUAAAGUUGCAAAGACCAACCAGACUUGUUGCUCAAAGUGAAGCAAGAGCACCAACGUUGUAUAAAAUCCAUGGUUUUAUCUUACAACACAGCUUUUACAAGUUUUAAAGGGAGUUUUUUUUUUUAAAACAGCGUUGCCUUACAUGGUUUGCUUUGAACUCUUUGCUAAUUAGCAGUAUUGGUUUUAUUCUGAGUUUUAAUGUUUAAGGUUCUUCCUAGUGUUGUCUGGAGAGGCUUAAGAAGCUAUUAAAGUGAAUCAGUAAUCCAACUUGAAGCUCAUUCACAUGUGCCACUAACUAACUUCAACUAUCUGUGGCAUACAGAUUUUAUUUAGGAAACAUUUAAACUGUAUAUUUUUCACUCUAUAUACACUAUUGUAUUCCCACCGUGAACCAUAGCAUCACUUGCAAAUCAUUUGAGUUUCCAUUUAACAUACAACAACAGAGUUCAACAAUAUACUGUAUUUUAAAAGGGAUCAGUGUUGUGCACUUCUGGCUCUUAUUGUUAUGUCUCCAUUUAUUUUAGCUGCUGGUUAUAAGGCAACGACAAACACUAAAAACAACAUUUCACACUGUUUGUUAUUCGUGUGAAAGAUUAUGUUUGACACAAUAUGAUAACCCAGCAUUUUUUACAUGACAAAGCGUUCAGAGUUUGACGUACAUUAAUACAUAAAGUGACAACCCAGUUUUAGUUAUAAGUAAUGAUAAAUAUUUCACAUCCAGGUAUUAUCUGUGCAAGAGGCAGUGGAAGCUGUAAAGAGAGCACUACAUUUGUCACAUAAUUCAUCAGUUGAAUUGUUCUCCUGUGGAGUUUUUCCAUCCGGUGCAUCUUAUUUUCACAUUUCUGCUGUGACACAGAUGAUAUAAUUUCAACCUUGAGUACAGUAGAUAAAGUGCAAAUCUUGCCAAAUUCUCUAUGUUUUAUUUUCCUAGGUCUGUGUAGGCUUUGUGUAUUUAUUUUUCUGUGGUUCUGUUAUGUUCUAGAUUGAAACUAACUUAUAUUUCUGUACAAGCUUGCUGUCUUUGACCCAGCAUCUGAAACAGAGUCACAACCACAGUUGUAGCGAGUGCUCUGUGCAGACUGUUGUCAGUGUGUGUGGUUUGAGUUGGAGUGUGAAGGGGAGGAAUAAAAGGGCUGUGUUCUCCACCGAGAGACUUCUACUGUAUAUUUGUGUGCAGAAGGAAGCUCUCUGCAUUUGAAUGUCCUGCACUUUAAAUUUAGCAGAUUUUAGUUUUGUAUUUUAUUUUUGUUGUGCUCCCAGUCAUCAAGAAUUGAAUCAGAAACUCAGAACAUCUUUAUUUUCUUUUUCAGCUUGUGGGUUGAAUUGUGGUGUUUUUGUUUUAACUUGUGUUAUUUGACCAUCUUCUUUUUGUUCAGGGGAGCUUUUGCCACAUUCAUUAGGCUUCCAAGGAACUUCUACAAUCCUGCUUUUUAUUUUGAAAGACGAAAUCAUACAGUAAGAUUUUUACAAGACUGCAACAUUAGAAAUAACUUCCGAUGCAUUAAUGUACAAUUCAUCACAAGCUUCUGUGUGAUGCAUCGUUGAUUCUGCAGUGAAACGUGAAAAGCACCAUAAAUACUGUUAAUGCAAACAGGUAAUGUGCGCAGUGAUGUUAAACUAUGUGCCGUAGUGGACUUCAAUGUUCUUUUCUUUUUAUAUGGUCCACAUUGACUUGUCAACUAUGCAAAACAACUGUUGGGCUUAAACUGCUGUACUUAACCUGUGGCCAGUGUCUCUGGAGUCUUUCUACUAUAUAUCCUGUGUUUUUGACGCUAUCAGCACAAAGUGUAAAAUUGGUAUCUGUAUCUCUGUCAGUCAGCGCUAAGCUUUUAGGAAAAAUCUUGGUGUAACAUUUCUUCACUGACAGCAAGCGGCAGUAAGAUUUGGCUUCUUGUUCCACUGUAAGACACUCAAAUAUAAAACCACCAGUGCUUAAUAUUUAAACAUUUAAAUUGUGUUUGAAAAGCUUUCAUGAACCGAUUGUCAAGUUGUAUCGUGGGUAAUGUAGGCUCCAGGUUUUGCUAAGAAAGAAAACUGUGGAAUAAAUAAAUAAA